CUCUGCACCUAGCUCAACGUUUCUGGCAGCGUGAUGCGGAAGUUUCUUUCAGACCGCGAGUCCGCAGAGACAGACGAAAGUUGAGGGUGGCGUGGGUGAUAUUCGGGUUUUCUGGUUUAAACCUGAGCGUCUCAGUCCACGGUCCCGCACACGUGACGCCUGGCGGUCACUGCGGACGUUGAAGUCCCCGCACCAGCGGCCCCACAGCGGUUGCCUGUGGAAAAAACCCUGAGCAGGAGGAGGACGAAAUGGCUGCUUCUCAGGGACGGUUGACAUUCAGGGAUGUGUCCAUAGAUUUCUCUCAGGAGGAGUGGGAAUGUCUGCACCCAGCUGAUCGGAAACUGUACAUGGACGUGAUGCUGGAGAACUACAGGAACCUGUGCUCCCUGGAUCUUGCUGUCUCUACGCCAGAUGUGGUCAUCUUUUUGGAGAGAAUGAAGGAAGCCUGGGAUGUGAAGCGAAAAAAGACAGUGUCCAUCCACCCAGCUAUGUCUUUUGAGGACACUUUGGACUUGUUGCCAAACCCAAGCAUAGGAGAUUCAUUCCACAAAACGCUACUGAGUACAUGUAAUGGAGAGAGAAGUUAUCAAUUCAGUGAAUCUUGGAAAAACUUUAAACAAGGGUCAGAUCCUAAUAAACAUCAGAGAUUUCAGUUUCUAGAGAAUCAUUGUACACAUGGGAAAGUCUUUCGUGAAAGCUCAAAUCUUACACAUCAGAACAGUUAUAUUGUAGAGAAGUCAAACAAAUGUAGUGAAUAUGACAAGUCUUUGAACCAAUCUUUAUGUCUUCCUGAACAUGAGAAUAUUCAUACUGGGGAGGAACAUUACAAGUGUAAUCCGUGUGGGAGAGUCUUUAGUCGAUUACCCAGUCUAAAUAGACAUAAGAAAAUCCAUGCUGGAGUGAAGCCUUACAAAUGUAGAGAAUGUGACAAAGCUUUUAUUCGGCGUUCAAAUCUUACUGGACAUGAGAUACUUCAUACUGGAGAGAAGCCUUACAAAUGUACAGAAUGUGGUAAAGCCUUUAUUUGUCGUUCAUAUCUUACUGUACACGAGAGAAUUCAUACUGGAGAGAAGCCUUACAAGUGUAGAGAAUGUGGUAAAGCCUUUAAUUGGCAUUCAUCUUUUAUUAAACAUGAGAGAAUUCAUACUGGAGAGAAGCCUUACAAGUGUGAGGAAUGUGGCAGAGCCUUUCACUGGCGUUCACAUCUUAACGAACAUGAGAUAAUUCAUACUGGAGAGAAGCCUUACAAAUGUAGAGAAUGUAGUAAAGCCUUUACUCAGCGUUCAAAUCUUGCUGUACAUAUGAGAAUUCAUACUGGAGAGAAGCCUUACAAAUGUGAACACUGUGGCAAAGCCUUUACUCAGCAUUCAACUCUCACUGAACAUAGGAGAAUUCAUGCUGGAGAGAAGCCUUUCAAAUGUAGAGAAUGUGGUAAAGCCUUUAUUCAACGUUCAUAUCUUACUAGACAUGAGUUAAUCCAUACUGGACAGAAGCCUUACAAAUGUAGAGAAUGUAGCAAAGCCUUUCACCUGCGAUCUAAACUUACACAACAUGAGAGAAUUCAUACCGGAGAGAAGCCUUACAAAUGCAGAGAAUGUGGUAAAGCCUUUACUCAGCGUUCAUAUCUUACUAGACACGAGAUAAUUCAUACUGGACAGAAGCCUUACAAAUGUAAAGAAUGUGACCAAGCCUUUCACCAGCUCUGUAAACUAACCCGACAUGAGAGGAUUCAUACUGCAGAGAAGACUUACAAAUGUGGAGAAUGUGGUAAAGCCUUUACUCAGCAUUCAUAUCUUAAUAGACAUGAGAUAAUUCAUACUGGACAGAAGCCUUACAAAUGUAUAGAAUGCGGUAAAGCCUUUACUCAGCGUUCGUAUCUUACUAGACAUGAGAUAAUUCAUACUGGAGAGAAGCCUUACAAAUGUAGGGAAUGUGGUAAAGCCUUUACUCAGCGUUCAUAUCUUACUAGGCAUGAGAGAAUUCAUACUGGAGAGAAGCCUUACAAAUGUGAAAAAUGUGGCAAAGCCAUUACUCACCAUUUACAGUUUACUCAACACAUGAAAAUUCAUAAUGGAGAGAAACCUUAAUACUGAAGAAUCCAAGAAACCCUGUAGCUGGACCUACAGCCUCACUCAACAUCAGAGAAUGCUUACUGCAGAGAAAUCUCCAUUCAAAAUAAACGAUGAAAGCCCUUGGUUCAAAAUAUAAACUUCAGAAAACCCACAGAAUUCCUACUCCAACGUGACUUGAAAGAUGUAAAAAAAAUGUGGGGAAAUGCUUAAUCGAAAAUGAAAUCUGAAAUAUCAGAGAAUUGACAUUACAAAGUUGUAAGUGAAGAACAGUUUGCAGAUAUUACUUGAAAUCAGAAUAUAUAUAGAAAAUAAGCAAAUAUUUAAAAAGUUGUUAAUAUGCUUGAAAGUAUCAAGGGAUGAAUAUUGGACAGGUAUAAUUAUUUACAAUGAGUCUUUAUAUAUUGAUAGUACUUGAGGUUUAUUGAAAAGGAAAUAUUAAUGUGAUUCCACUGUGCAGUCACUUGAUGCUAUGUUUUUAUUCCUAGUGUGUGUGUGAAUCAUGGGUUGAUUGUUGCUGCCUCAAACAUCUGGGAGCCCUUGUAUGUUGGCUGGGAUUCACUCAGAUCUACUUUUCCCUCGAAGACUGAGGGCACUGUAAUACACAAUGUACGAUGAAAACCUCAAUGGAGAUGCUGUUUGGUUGACUUAGAAUGCUGGUAUAAGUCGCCGUAAAGUAGGUGCUCGGGUCAUCAUUCUCUGCGUUAAUGUAAGACAGGAACAUUCUGAAUUUUAAUUAGUUUUACCAAUUGCUCUUUAAGGAAAAUAAGGUGGUGGUUUAUUGAAAUCCUGAUGUGUCUUUGUAGUAGCCAUAGAUAGGAGUCCUGAAUAUUACCAGAUGUGGUUGAAAUAAAGAAGUCUUCAGAGAUAUCUGCGAAAGUGCAGACAACUCAUCCAAAGUGCAUAAUUAUUGUACAUCCAUGUUUCCUAAACAAUGAGCCUCAGUCUUCAAACCCAUGGAAAACAGCUCUAAGGUCAUUAUAUCAGAACAACCAGAAUGUUUCUUAAAUGCCUGUUAUCUGUAUUUUGUGCAUGGAUCCUACAGGUGGUUUGCCAUGCUUUAU